AUGGAGACGGACAUCCCCCUCCCAGACGAGCUUGAAUUACUCGAAGCUGACUCUCACUUCUACGAAGACCACCUAGACCCUCCCUCACCCGAUACCUACCCUCACUCACCCCAGCAAGAACCACAACAAUUACUUCCUCAAUCACCCACCGCUCCCGAAAUCAACGGCCACAACAAGCGCCCUAGAUUCGACGAUCCAGAUUCACCAUUUUAUGAAGACGGCGUCCCAUCCGAUGAGAAGAGAAGUAAAAUCGACGAUGACGUGGGGCCGGAGAUCGAUCAUGAGGACUGGCUCCGGCCAGUGCAGGACAGGAAUGGCGGGGACGAGGAGGAGAGAGUGGAAGUUGUUGUGGAGGAGGAGGAGAAGGAGAAGAUUGUGUCUAGAUAUGCGUCAGAGAUUGACGGUGAUUUUAUUCCGGUGACUGCCCCUAGUGGUGGCGAUAGGGUUUAUGCAAAGAUGUGUAGAGUGGAUAUGGAAGAAGGAGCGAAGAAAUUGCAUUUCAAAUCACAAUCAAACGGUCUUAUAUCGGAACCGAUUAAUGUUCUUUUGCAAAGAAUGGAGCAAGAAGCUUUCACCAAGGCCUUGCAAGCUAGCUCUGAAGAUCAGAGUGAUGUGAUUCUUCCAGAAACACAAGUGAUGCACGAACAAUUAUGGGUGGACAAAUAUGCUCCAAAUUCAUUUACUGAGCUCCUUAGCGAUGAACAGACAAAUCGUGAGGUCCUCUUAUGGUUGAAACAAUGGGACUCUAGUGUUUUUGGAUCUGCAAUUAGGAGUACAUCAGAUGACAUUUUGUCUGCUUUAAGGCGUCAUUCUUCUAUUGCUCAACAUCAAAAACUUUCUGAUUCAACUUUCUUCAGCAAGAAUAAAGGACAUAAAUGGAGUACAGGAAAUUUUAGACACUCCAAUAAUCUGGAGCAAGAAGAUAAUAAAUCAAAAGGAAUCCAGGACUCAUGGACCAAGAAGUUGAGGCCUACCGGUCCACCAGAACAGAAGAUCCUUUUGCUUUGUGGUCCCCCAGGGCUUGGGAAGACAACACUCGCACAUAUAGCUGCUAAGCACUGUGGAUAUCGAGUUGUGGAGAUUAAUGCUAGCGAUGACAGGUCUUCGUCGACGAUCGAAGCUAAAAUUCUUGAUGUGGUUCAGAUGAACUCUGUGAUGGCUGACUCAAGGCCGAAGUGCCUGGUGAUUGAUGAAAUAGACGGAGCGCUUGGUGAUGGAAAAGGUGCUGUGGAGGUUCUUCUGAAAAUGGUUUUGGCUGAAAGGAAGGCAGAUACGGGGAAGGAAAAUGUCACUAAAGGAGAGCAAUCCAGAAGGAUAACCUCAAAAAAGGGGCAGAAAACAGCAACGCUAGCAAGACCUGAGGGAAUGAAGACAAGUUCCAUUGCACUUGCUGCACUUGCAGAUUACACUGGAUGUGAUAUACGCUCAUGCCUGAACACCCUCCAGUUUCUCAACAAGAAGAGAGAAGUUCUAAAUGUGGGGAAUUCCUUUGGAAUUGCGUCAAUGUUUUUGCUUCCUCCAAUUUUGCUUAGUCUUAUGGAUUUGGAGAUUGGUUCUCAGGUGGUUGGUCGAAAAGACAUGUCAAGCAGUGUUUUUGAUAUCUGGAAGGAGGUGACAUAA